CGCUGCCUCCGCCCCUCUAUGGAGUUUUAUAACUUGCCGGGUUUCCGCGUCCUGUGACUCCGGUCAGGUGGUUCCCUCGCUCUCCACAGCCGCCUGCGGGAGGACGCGCCUUCCUACCAGAAAAGAAGGAGUUGAACAAAGAAAGUUUGCCGAGCGGCCGCAGCAAAGCUCUAGGAGCCUUCCUCUUCUCGCCCCGCUCCCCCUGAGUGUCGCUGGCGGCUGGGGAGCUCCCGGGGGGAAGGCGGGCGAGGGGCGCGAGAAUGGCGGGGGGAGGCGAGAGAGGCGGCGGCGGCGCGGGGCUGCCGGAGAGUCGGGAGCAUCUGUUCAAGGUGCUCGUCAUCGGCGAGCUGGGCGUGGGCAAGACGAGUAUCAUCAAGCGCUACGUGCACCAGCUCUUCUCGCAGCACUACCGGGCCACCAUCGGAGUGGACUUCGCCCUGAAAGUGCUCAACUGGGAUAGCAGGACCCUGGUGAGGCUGCAGCUGUGGGACAUCGCAGGUCAAGAACGUUUUGGCAACAUGACCAGAGUGUACUAUAAAGAAGCUGUCGGUGCUUUUGUAGUAUUUGACGUCACAAGAGGCUCAACAUUUGAGGCAGUUUCCAAGUGGAAACAUGACUUGGACAGCAAAGUGCUUCUCCCAAAUGGCAGCCCAAUCCCUGCAGUUCUAAUUGCCAACAAAUGUGACCAAAAGAAAGACAGUGGCCAAAAUCCUUCUCAGAUGGACCAGUUCUGCAAAGAAGGAGGUUUUGCUGGGUGGUUUGAAACCUCUGCAAAGGAUAAUAUCAACAUAGACGAAGCUGCUCGGUUCUUGGUAGAAAACAUCCUUGCAAAUCUCAAAACCUUUCCUAGUGAAGAGAAUGAUGUCGGGAGACUAAAACUGGAACCAGGUCCUCUGACAGCAGAAAGCAAAUCUCAGUGCUGUUAGUCACAUCCAAACUUGCAGUGACACACUAUGUUGGAGCAGCGAGAUUCCUGCUCCUCAUGUUGGACUGCUGCUAUGGUGCUUCAUCACGACAAUCCUAAUGAGGAAUUGUUUUUUGUAGAGUUGAUCACACUCCAGGCGUUUACACUUUUUUCCUUGUUGGGUAGGACUUCAAAUUGCCUUCUACACUAUAUCAUUGUCUGGUUGUGAACCAUUUAGCACAGUUGAAAGCUGCCUCCAGUACGAAAAGGCAGUAUUUAUCCUACAAGGCAAGGGUCAGUAUGAGUGACUCAAUCCCAAUAUUUUAUCUUUCACAGUGCAAUUUCAGAACUAGAAUAGGAACAUCUGUCUAUGAGUGAAAAUGUUCAUUUUGAUAAAUGCUAUUAUCGUUUGCUUAUACCCCCUUUAAUGCAUACAAAAUCUUAUAGCUGCCCCCUUUUGCUUUUCCUCUAAUGUCUCCUCCAUUCGUCUUGAGCACCAGGGCCACCAAGCCUUUAGGGACACUUGGCACCCAAGAACACUUCAUUUCUGAAUAGCACAAGACUGAUAUUAAGCAAUGGUAAUCUUAAACUCUAUUGCUUGGAAAGUCAAGAUAGGAAGAUUAUUCUGUUUGAAAGGGAGUGAUAAGGAUAAGUCAGUGCUGUCCCAUCUGACCAAUGAGUAACAGUCCAUUUCUGACUCGGAUAAUGGAAACAAACAUUCCAGUACACUUGCAUACAUUGCAUCUGUGCACAAUUAAACUUUUAAGGAAAAUCUCCCUUCUUGCACAAGCACAAUUCUUUCUGUAUGUUCUUACCGGUAUCUGAUGGGUUAAAAAUGAAUAAUGUGCCUGAUUAAACUGUCUUGAUUUUUUUAAAAAAUGAAAUCAGAUUGCAACACAGAACUGUCAACUUUGAUCUUUUAACUUAUAGGUGUACUAUUAGAGAUCUUUUCUUAAUCAUGCUAUAUUUAUAGUACUUGUAUUUUUCCACUUUUACUAUUUAACACAAGGAGUCACACUUGAUUCAAGUCUUGCACAAGAACAAUUUGCAAAUGUGGAAUAUAUUAUUGGUUUUAUUACUAUUGCUAUCUGCUAAAGCUGUGUGUGCUAAAAUAAGAAGUCUGAAGUAUCUGCAAAAA